GUUAGAGUGGCAUAUCCGCAUUUGUGCUUCUCAAUUUUAAAGCCGCAGAGGUUUAAGCUUCGCUUCUCUUCUUCUUCUUCUUCACCCGCGGCUCCUUCCUCUCUAGGGUUUUAGAAACGCCCCCAAAUCUUCAAACCCUAACCCUAAUCGAUUCCCGAUCCCUCUUCCUUCUCACCGGAAGAGCUUGCUAUAACCAUGGAUAGGUACCACCGAGUGGAGAAGCCGAGACCCGAGUCCGCCAUCAAUGAGAACGAGAUCCGGAUCACCACCCAAGGCCUUAUCAAGAACUACAUCACCUACGCUUCUAGCCUCGUUCAGGAAAAACGGAUUGGGGAGAUUGUCUUGAAGGCAAUGGGUCAGGCGAUCAGCAAAACAGUGGCCAUUGCUGAGAUUCUGAAGAAAAGGAUUCCUGGGUUGCACCAAGAUACAAAAAUUAGUUCAGUAAGCAUUACUGAUGUAUGGGAACCAAUUGAAGAGGGCCUUGUACCUCUAGAGAUGACCCGUCAUGUAUCAAUGAUAUCAAUCUCCCUGUCAACCAGAGAGUUAAGCAAAAAUUCACCUGGGUAUCAAGCCCCUCUGUAUGCGGAACAACCAAAGCCACAGUAUAAGCAGCAGCCUCAGCAAUAUCAACAACACCACCACCAACAACAUCAACCAAGACAAGGGCAAGUUCAAGUUGCUGAAGAGUCAUAUGGUCGAGGGCGUGGCCGAGGAAGAGGGAGAGGAAGAGGUUGGGGAAGGGGUAAUUACAAUGGGUACGGCGGCUAUGGUAAUGGUCAAGGAGGAUACGGCAACUAUCAAGGAAGGUAUGUCAAUCAAGGUGGAUAUGGGAACAAUCAAGGGGGUUAUGGCAACCAGGGUGGAGGGUACAACCAAGGUGGAUAUGGCCGCAAUCAAGGUGGAUAUGGUUACAAUUAUGAAAAUGGUGGAUGGAACUCAAAUUGGGGUGGUCGUGGUGGUAGAGGUGGUGGUUAUGCUUAUCGUGGUGCUGGAUAUGAGAGGGGCAGAGGGGGUGGGGGGAGAGGCUUUGUUCGUGGAAGGGGGAGGAUGGGUGAUCGCGGGCGGGGAAACUAGACUCCCCCAUUCACUCAUUGUGAGUUUGUUUUUCUGAUGCAUUCGUGGUUUCACAGAAAAACAAACCAUCCAGUUAUCUUUUCCGGGUUAUCAGAUGUUCAUUUUGUUUCUAGUGUUUGAUAAUCAAAGUGUUCCUAUCUGUUAUUGUUCAAAUUAGCCUGGCAGGUCUAGUUAAGUUUUCUUUACCUUUUUUUUUAUCCUUCAUCACUGGUACCAACUAAGUCUCAUGCAAUAAUUCUUUUUCUAUAUGUUGAGAUCCCA